AUGAGUGAGCAUCAGAUUUUGUAUUCCUGUUUUUUUUUCUCCUUGCUCUUCACUAUUAUUUUAAUUUUAGUGGAAUUGUUUUCUUCCUGUCUCUGUAUUCAGGUAGUAUCAGUGACUGAAUACCAUCGCAGGAUCGAUGCUCUUAAUGCUGAAGAACUGUGCAAGCUUUGCAGACGUCUCAAGAUAACAACACGAGAGGAAACCAGUAUGAAGCAAAAUACAACUAUAAAACUAGACCUGGAGUCUGAAACGUUUCGGCCAAACCUAAGUGAAAAAAGUGCCCUACUGCAAACGGAUCAGAUUGAAAAGCUUGCAAAAAAUCUUCCUCCACGAACUGUCGGUUACCCGUGGACACUAAUUUACAGUACUGCGAAGCAUGGCAUGAGUCUGAAAACACUGUACCGUAGUAUGACUGGUAUUGAUACACCGAUGCUGCUCGUUAUUAAAGAUAGCGAUGGCCAGAUAUUUGGUGCCCUAGCAUCAGAACCGUUCAAGGUUAGCGAUUGUUUUUAUGGAACUGGGGAGACCUUCCUUUUCACCUUCCAUCCUGAAUUUAAAAUAUUCAAGUGGACAGGUGAUAAUAUGUUCUUCAUAAAAGGAGACAUGGAUUCCUUGGCCUUCGGUGGUGGAGGAGGAGAAAUUGGAUUGUGGUUGGAUGGGGAUCUAUACCACGGACGUAGCCACUCAUGUAAAACGUUCGACAACUGCAUCCUUUCAAAAAGGGAAGACUUCUACGUACAGGACAUUGAAAUAUGGGCAUUUGAGUGAAAGGACAAAUCUUUACAUAAGCACUGAAGGAAUUCAAUGUGUCCGAUGUAAGACCCUAAAUCUGACCAAGCAUCGAUAAUGAAGUUGAAUCUAGGCAAAUUAAAAAAAAACAAAUUAUCAUCAGUUGGGCCACCACAUUUGUUAGCAGGUCUGUAAAGAAAAAUUCGAUCUGAACCCAAUCUAAGAAUGUAUUGCCAUUAGUAGUAACAAAACAUGUUUUUAAAAGUCAAAACACCAGCCACAUACUCUGAAGUUUUGGCAACAUUUAAAUUGAACCCUGACAAGUCGUAGUUGCACUAAAAUGAUGGGGUCAGAAAUCACCCGAACAAAUUCUAUUUACUUCUGUUUGAAAAACGUAUCUGGGUAAUGCUGUCACUGAUGAUGGUGCUGCAGCUUUGAGACUGAUGCUGUCAACAUUUUGGGUCAACUGACAAAAACACAUUUCACAUUCAGCCUGUAUAGGGCUUGAUGCUGUUCUGUGGCAAAACCAAUGAAAGAACUAAAAACGUAUUCAGGAAGAAGCCUCAUGUUGCUGGAUAAAUGACAGCAGAAUUUUGCAGGGUAUUUUUGUUAUGCCUGUGUAGUUUCCGGCAAACGUGAAAAAGCAUAUACUGUAUUUAUUGGUCAGAUUUAUUCUACAGUUUAGCUUCAUAGCACACCAAACUCCCAAGCACCCAUAGUUGUGCUGUCUGUCAGUGGGUGUAUGUUGUGAGUAUAGCUGACACCACUCUAAAACAGAAUAGUAAUAGAUACUGUAGAUGUUAGGAUAAUUCUAUAGACUUGUGGAAUUUAUAGAUUAUUGUCAAGUAAUGUCAAACAACCUUGGCAGGCAACAAUCAUUUAUGCCUUGGUCACUGCAAAUGAUUAAUGCCAUCUAGAGAUUAACAAAACAGUUUCAGAAUGAAAAUAAUUAAACCCUAUUGCAGGUUUUCUUUGUAUUUUAUCAAGUCUAGAACCUGAUUGUGUUUUACAAACUAUUCCUGUUCUGGGUGUGAAAUUAGUUUUCUUCGUGCUGAAAAUCCAGCUGCAAUGUAUUAUAAUACUCUGUAAAUCAAAGUACUGCAUUGUUCCUCAGUUGAGAAAAUGAAAUGGUGAGUUGCUUAUGGCACUUUGAAUUAUGACAGAAAUAAACGCAGGCCAAUUAAUUUUAUUGGUUUUUGUUGUAGUCUUGUACAGUUUAUUUCCAAAUUUAAAAUGUUAAACUGAUAGGAGAGAGUUGCUGCAUUCAUAAAGGGCAUAUUAAUUUUGUGGGCUGUUUAUUUAUGCUGAAUGUGAAAAAAUGCAGAGAUCAGUUCUCUCAUUUCUGUCUAAUGUUCUGUAUCUUUGUUAGGAUGUAGCCUGAAUGUUUACAGAUUUUGGAUGUGAAUUGUAAAUAAAUACAGCAGCUUUUAUUUCCUUUGUCUUCCACAGCAGUAUUAUUGUCUUUGUGGAAUUACAGCUACCUAACAAAACUAUUUAAAAUAAGCUUAGAAUUAU